AUGGAAGAAGGCAUUACCAUCCUUUUCUGUGGUCCGAGAAACAUCUACAAUAAAUAUCACUACGCUGAAAGUGGGAUCCUCCUGGCUAGGGUUUCUGAUGUUUUCCAGUUCUUUCUUCCACUAGCUACAGUUUCUCUUCUCUUCUUUAACUGUGACCUAAGUGGUGAGUUUUGCUUUUCUCUUAGAUCAUUGGUCUAUGAUGAAGGCAUGAGCUCUUUUAACUUUCUCUCUGCUCAUAUUGGAUGGUUUAAUUUCAACCAUUCUGGGAGAUUGUGGACUUUAAUCGAGAUGGUGAGGGGAAAGGUUCAAAUGAAGAAAAUUGAGGAUGCAACAAGCCGUCAAGUUACCUUUUCAAAGCGUCGAAGUGGUCUUCUAAAGAAAGCUUAUGAGCUAUCCGUUCUUUGUGAUGCACAAGUAGCUGUCAUAGUCUUCUCCCAAAAUGGAAGGCUCUAUGAGUUCUCAAGUUCUGAGUACGUUUUCCUUCAUUUCUGCUUAAGAAUUAGUACUCCAUAG